GCCUAAGUCUAGAACUCUUGCUUGUUGAAGAUCGUUUUAAUGAAACCUUCGCCAUCUUGCUAGUCGUCAAACAUGUCAGGCAUGUGGGCAAACUCGGAAAUAGAGGCAGACUAUGAUCCAUAUGCUUACUAUGGAGGAUCAGAAUAUGAGACACAUACUGGAGAUCCAAGACAAGACUUGGAGUAUGAGCGCCAGUACCAGAGCAGCUACAUUGUGCCUGAAGUUAUCAAGAACUUCCUGCUCUUUACACAAAAGUGUAUCAAUGAACAAAAUCUCUUUGAAGUGCAAAAUUGCUAUGAAAAUGGGUUUAACAAACUGACUGAUCGCUUCUUCAAGAAUUCUCCUUGGCCAGAGGCUGAAGUCAUUGCUCCCAUAGUAGGAAAUGAUCAAGUUUUCCUGAUCCUUUACAAAGAGCUUUACUACAGACAUGUGUAUGCUCGUGUUCAGAAUGGACCAUCUCUUGAGCAGCGGUUUGAGUCUUACUACAACUACUGCAAUUUGUUCAACUAUAUCCUGAAUGCUGAUGGGCCUGUUCCACUGGAACUUCCCAACCAGUGGCUUUGGGACAUCAUUGAUGAAUUCAUUUACCAGUUCCAGUCAUUCACUAUGUACCGCAGCAAGCUUGGCAAGAAGUCUGAAGAUGAGAUAGAAUUUCUGAGGACCAAUCCUAAGAUCUGGAAUGUCCACAGUGUGCUGAACGUCCUCCAUUCUCUGGUUGAAAAGUCCAAUAUUAAUCGGCAGCUGGAGGUCUAUGCUAAUGGAGGAGACCCAGACAGUGUAGCUGGAGAGUUUGGCCAGAACUCGCUGUACAAGAUGUUGGGUUAUUUCAGCCUCAUAGGUCUCCUGCGACUGCACUCUCUGCUUGGUGACUACUACCAAGCUCUUAAAGUUCUUGAAAACAUUGACUUCAACAAGAAGAACCUUUACUCGCGUGUGCCCACCUGCCAGAUGACAACUUUCUACUAUGUAGGCUUUGCCUAUUUGAUGAUGCGGCGCUAUCAGGAUGCCAUCCGCACUUUUUCCAACAUACUGCUGUAUAUCCAGCGCACAAAGCAGAUGUUCCAAAGCAGAACUCAGCUUUAUGAUCAGAUAACCAAGAACAAUGACAAGAUGUACACCCUCCUGGCCAUUUGCCUUGUUCUUCAUCCCAUGCGAAUUGAUGAGAGUGUACACUCACAGCUUCGUGAAAAGUAUGCUGACAAGAUGCUUCGCAUGCAGAAAAGUGACCUGCAGGAAUUUGAGACAUGCUUUUCAUUUGCCUGCCCUAAGUUCCUGUCACCUGUGCCACCCAACUAUGAUGCCUUGGCUGACAGCUUUCCAAAGGAACCAUUCAAGCUGCAACUGAGAGUGUUCCUAGAGGAAGUGCAGCAACAGAUUCAGAUCCCCACCAUCAGAAGUUACUUAAAGUUGUACACUACGCUGCCAAUCUCUAAACUUGCUGCCUUCAUGGAUGAGCCAGAAGACAAACUGAGAAUGCAGCUCAUGUGCUUCAAGCACAAGAUGAAAAACCUGGUGUGGACCAAGGGCACCAGUGGGCUGGAAGGAGAGUUCCAGUCGGCUUCUGAAGUGGACUUUUACAUAGAUGGGGACAUGAUCCACAUAGCCGAUACCAAAGUAGCUCGUCGAUACGGAGACUUCUUCAUUCGCCAGAUACACAAAUUUGAUGAGAUUACAAGGACACUUCAACAAGCUACCUACUAGAAAAAUCACAGGUGUUGGUCAUUGAAGUCUUUGAUGCAUUGCCUUAUCAUGGACUACAAGACAAGUGAUGAAGAAAAUGUCAGUACUGUGUGCAGUCAAGUAUUGAGACUAGAUUGUACUUGAAGCUAUGAUGAGAUCAACAGUACUAAACAUUGAGGACAUAACUGUAUGGAAGCAGUGUGUUAUUAGGUACUUGUAAUUUUAUCUCCUUGGUGCAUUAAAAUCUAUGUGAAAAAAAA